UCAAUCUUAACCCUUAAGUCAUUGACGCAAGGCUUAAAAAUUAAAUAAUCUGAAAGAAAUGAUACGAUAUUUCACGUCUACUGAUUUUGAAAACAUCUCCGAAGAGUCUCAAAUAAUGACAUGAUAACAAUAUCGCAAAUUACCCCACUGUAUCGGAGUAAAUUGGUCACCAUUACCGAGGCAGACCAGCCGUGAUGGGAACCCAGGUUUUAUUUUGGUACCUUUUCAUUUUUCGCCCAUAUCGGAAUUGCGAGCGGACUGUGUGGUUCCGUACCCGCGCCCGGCCGAGCGUAACCCGAAGGAAAAACGCAAGUUUAUACUACACAUGUAUAAAUAUAACGUCGUCCAACGAUAGUGAUUCAGUUUUACGCGAUCGCUUGCUACAAAAUGGUGGAUCGACCGACGGGGUGAAACAAUAAUACAAAAGAAAGUGAACUAUAACUCAAUUGUGCAAUCAGUGACGUCUGAGCAAAAGUCAAUUUUUAAAAUGACGCUCAAGAUGUGGCGUGAGACGGCGGUGGUGUUUUGCAUAGUUAUUAUAACUUCAGCUGAAGAUUAUGAAAGUAAUUUGACUAAACUGUGGUCGUUAUCUGGUGUUAAAAAUAGUGGAGCGAGGACUACUGUUAUUAAUGUGACCAGUGCAAUAAAUGUUCAGCCUGAAGGAGCGCCGAGGAGAUCUAAGGAGUUUGAGGGUUAUAGGUUCAAGCCCCGCGCGAUCCCGUUGAAGGAGCCGACUAGAGAAAGGAGUGUUUAUUAUGCGCCAGAUAAUAAAUAUAAGUCGGAGGUUCUUUUCCCCGGUAAUUAUUUUGCAAUUGCCGAAGAGAAAAGCAAGGAGAACUUGACGCAGGAUGCGUAUAACCCGUUGGAGGGGGGUCCUUUCCAGCCGAUAGCGAUACCUUUGAGGGAAUACCAGGGGAGGUCGCUGGGCGAGUACGAGGAACCAAUCAUUGAGAAACCUGAAGGGUUCACGGAACAAACAGCCCAGAGGAGAUCUAUUUCUUACCUCUUCGGCAUGGAAGGUGCAGAGGAUGACGAAGAUGAUGGCGAAGAUGUAGAAGGUGAAUACGAAGUGGGGGAACAGGACGGACAACACGACCGAUCGAAGACCAAGGUCAAGCCGAAGAAACCCAAGACGAAGAAACUGGGAAAAUACAUGAUGCCGCUCCUCCUGGCGUAUAAGAUGAAGUACUUCGCAUUGAUACCUCUAAUGAUCGCUGGAUUGGUGCUGCUGGUAGGAGCGACGGGAUUGGCUGGAUUCUUCUUUGCCCUGUUCGCCGCUACCAUGGGAUUACAGAAAGGAAGUUACUAAAUAAAUGUAGAAUAAAGUCGACGAUAACUCGCAGUUGCCAUCCAAGUUUAAUUUCUUCACCGUGUAAGUUCAGUU